AUGUCAGGCCCCAGGUGCGGCGCGGAACUCGUCCGAAGGUUAUGGGACGCCGGAAGUUACGUUCCUCACCUAGUGAAGGAUGGAGCCAUCCCCGUCAUCCCGCAUUUCAAGACUAAGCAUCGCAACGGCUACCCGCUCAAACGCCCGCUCUCACCUUUACCAAUCGCCUCUGAAGCUCCGAAGCCGCAACACAAGAACAAGAUUGGCAAGACCAUGCACGCGAAGGCAGCGAUCGAGGUCCUCGAUCUGGUAUCGGACGAUGAAGAGGUCGACGUCAAGGCAGAGCACGAUAACGAUUCGGUCGAACGAACGACACAGCCGCCGGAACACGCAUCACAGGUGCUAGAGGAAGACAUUCAAGAGCCUAAGCAAGAAUCACCACAGCCAGAGAAGACAUUCCAAGACCUAGAGAAGAGACUCCAAGAACAAGAGAGGAAGACUCAAGAGCAAGAGAAGAAGUCUCAGGACCUAGAGAAGAGAUUACGAGUACAAGAGAAGAGAUCUCAAGAUCUGGAGGAUGAGCUACAGGCAUCAAAGAAAGUGUCACGCGAGCUUGAAGAGAAGUUACGUGAGCAGCAAGAGAAGAAGUCACACGAGCCAGCUUACGAAGCCCAAAGCCCAGAGCGAGCAUCACCAGAUCCGUUGAUGCCCGUCGGCGCUUACGAAGUCAUCGAGUUGGACGAUGAGUCGGACCUUAUCGAAAUACCUCCACCCAUCCCUGCGAUUACGACUGACCCGAAGACCUGGCCACCACUACCCCCAGAUGUCACGGUACACACUUGGAUCCAAGACUUCGAUGAUGGGUUCGCAUCUCUUGUAGAUGCCGAGAACAUUCCUGCGAAAGGGUCGGCGAAAGCCAAUGCUGUCAACUGUGCAACGCACGUGGGUCUGAUUGGGGGUCGUUACGGUAUGAAGGCACCUAUACCAUGCGAUCACUGCGAAGAGGCCGGCACAGAAACAGAACUACCCUCAGACACUCAAAUCCACAGCUGCAAUCGACACGGUGCAUCGCAAUGGACAGUCACCGCAAAGAUAGACACUACACGCGUAGACGGCGAACCAGAAUCGUACUUCUUGAAGGUAAAUGCUACUCUUCCAUCGACAACGACGCAGCUAACGCGAAUAAAGUGCGCAGAUGGCGGCCAAGGCAAAGCCAUGCUCGAAGGCGAAUACCACUCGAUGUGUGAACUCUACAAAGCCGCACCCACCUUCGUUCCCGAGCCUCACGCAUACGGCCAACUCAACGUCUCAAACCCAGACUCCUACUUCUUCCUCUGCGCCUUCCUAGACAUGGACACCACCCAACCCCCCGACCCAGAACAACUAUGCAAGAAACUCACAACACUCCACCUCUCCAGCGCGUCGCCAACCGGACAAUUCGGCUUCCGCAUGAACACCUGUCAAGGCAACCUACCCCAGCAAACAGGCUGGCAGGACAGUUGGAAAGACUUCUUCAUCCAGCUCCUCACCGGCGCCAUGAAACUCAACCUUUCCAUCAACGGGCCAUGGAAAGACCUGCAGGAAUGCACCGAUCGCCUAAUCACACACGUCGUACCAGCCCUCCUCAACCCCCUCACAUCGCACGGCCGCACCAUAAAACCCACCCUAAUCCACGGCGACCUCUGGGACGGCAACAUCGGCACCGAUACCACAACAGGCGAAAUCUACGCCUUCGACGCCUGUGCAUACUACGCGCACCACGAGAUGGAAAUUGCGAUCUGGCCUGGGGAUCCUAGUAGGAUUUUGGGUCGGAAAGAGUAUACGGAUGCGUAUGUGAAGAUUAUGGGGAAGAGUGAGCCGGUGGAGGGGUUUGAGGAUAGAGGCAGGCUUUACUGUGCUUACAUGAACUUGCAUGCGAGUGCUUGUCACGGGGGAGACAGAUUUAGGGAAAAGUAA